UUUUUUUUUAAUUUCACUCCCUUCUUUUUUUAUAUAUAUCUUUUUAACUAAUGUUGCAAGAAAAAUACAUUGGACUCAUCUUAGCCAUGAGCUCCAGUGUAUUUAUUGGACUUUCCUUUGUCAUUACCAAGAAGGGACUAGUAAGUUCAAAGAAAAGACACGGGGUAUCAGCAACGGAUGGAAAGUACCAUUAUUUGAGGAACUGGACUUGGUGGGCUGGCAUAGGAACAAUGGCAGUUGGUGAAAUUCUCAACUUUUCGGCAUAUUCUUUUGCACCACCCAUACUGGUAACUCCUUUGGGAGCAUUAAGCGUGAUACUUGGAGCGAUAUUUGCAUCUUUGUUCCUGAAUGAAAAGCUAGGAUCGAUUGGAAAGAUUGGAUGUUUAUUAUCUGUGGUCGGCGCAUUUAUUGUAGUUUUGCAUGCGCCAGAGGAUAAAGAUGUCACUUCCAUUGACGAGCUAUUAUUUUACGCUUUGCAACCAGGUUUUGUCACGUACUGUGUUAUUGUACUUGGUGUCAGCUUCUUUAUGAUUUAUAAGGUGGUACCUCUGUAUGGUACCAAAAAUCCGUUUGUUUACAUCUCCAUUUGUUCAUUGGUCGGAUCCAUCUCUGUGAUGGCUAUUAAAGCAUUUGGUAUUGCCUUAAAAUUGACUUUGGCUGGCCAUAAUCAAUUGACGCACCCUUCUACCUAUGCUUUUGGCUUGAUUGUGGCUAUCUGUAUCGUGGUGCAAAUGAACUAUUUCAACAAGGCUCUCGAACAAUUUUCGACCAAUGUUGUCAAUCCAAUCUACUUUGUUUGUUUUACAACAGCUACAAUUAUAGCUUCCGCCAUUCUAUUUCACGGAUUUAAUACAGACAACCCAAUCAAUGUGGCAUCCUUGAUCUGUGGAUUCAUCAUUAUAUUUACGGGUGUCUAUCUAUUAGACUCAAUUGCGAGAGGUGGAGGAGAGACGCACUAUGACAACGUAGGCAUGGACGAGGAAGAGGACGAAGACGAGGUGUUUUUAAUGGGAGAGGCUGCGUUAUUGAACCAACAUGAAUCCUCUUCCUUAAAUCUGUCGGGUCUAAAUCAGGAAUCGGAUGACGAUAUCGAGUUGGUGUCAAGACCUAGAAGUCGUCAACUGUAAAAAAAAAAAAACUUGUAAUAUACAAUCCAUGUACACACAUUUAAAUCAAAUAAUAAAUACCCC